AUGAAGGAAUAUCCCAAUAAGCGCAAUAAGAGUAAAUAUUGUACCUUCCACAAGGACCAUGGGCAUGACACGGAUGAAUGUUAUGACCUGAAGCAGCAGAUUGAGAAUCUUAUUAGACAAGGAAAGCUGAGGCACUUCGUUGGAAGGGAUCAUAGAGAUGAGAAGUUGAAAGGAAAAAUGGAGGAAUCGUCCCGGCCCCCACUAGGAGAGAUAAGGAUUAUCGUUGGAGGAAACUCGAUGGGGCAAUCUUCCAAGUCGAAGAAGACAUAUCUCAAAGUGGUGCAAAAAGUCCAGCUCUCUGGACAAUCACCAAGGACGAGAUCAAGGGACGAGCCGGCCAUUUCCUUCACCGACGAAGAUGCUGAAAGGAUCCAUCACCCGCAUGACGAUGCGAUUGUCAUUACUCUGCUUAUUACAGAUUAUAUAACCAGGAGAGUGUUAGUUGACAAUGGAAGCUCAGCAGACAUAUUGUACUACCCUGCCUUCCAACAGAUGAGGCUUGAGCGGGAUCAACUUCAUCCAGUUUGCUCACCACUGAUAGGGUUCGGAGGAAUGAAGGUGCAGCCCGUAGGCACCAUUACGUUACCAGUAGUGGUAGGGUCAUACCCACAGCAGAUAACUAGGGAAGUCAAUUUCCUCGUGGUGGACUGUUCAUCUUCAUAUAAUGCCAUUAUUGGAAGACCAACUCUGAACAGUUGGAAGACGAUAAUAUCUACCUACCAUCUAUCAGUCAAAUUUCCUACGGAGUACGGGAUAGGGCAAGCACAAGGAGAUCAGUUGGCAGCUAGAGAAUGCUACUUAGUCAUGAUGGCUUUGGACGAACAGGUGCAGACAAUGAGCAUCGAGGAAAGAAGGGUUAUUGCAAAGCCCACAGAGGUAUUGGAAGAUAUUCUUUUGCAAGAAAAUGAUCCCGAGAAAUUCACCAGAAUUGGAACAGGUAUGAAGGAGAAGGCAAGAAAAGACCUCAUCCAGUUCCUGAGAAAGAGUAUCGACGUUUUUACAUGGAGUCAUGACGACAUGCCAGGAAUCGACCCAAAUGUGAUCACUCAUCGAUUGAAUGUGUACCCCUUUUUUAAGCCUGUUCGUCAGAAGAAGAGGGUAUUCGCUCCCGAGUGGGAUAAGGCGAUCAAGGAAGAGGUUCAGAAACUGACCACGGCACAGUUCAUUAAGGAAGUCUAUUACCCGGAUUGUUAUCCUUUACUACGCAAUGAUCAAUUGGUGGACUCUACGGCUGGCCAUCAGUUGUUGAGCUUCAUGGACGCCUUCUCAGGAUAUAAUCAGAUCAAGAUGGAUGAAGCUGAUCAGGAAAAACCUUCCUUCAUUACCAGCCAAGGCUUGUUUUGCUACAAAGUGAUGCCUCUCAGUUUGAAGAACGCAGGGGCAACUUAUCAAAGGUUGGUAAAUCACAUGUUUCGUCCACAGAUAGGACGGAAUGUGGAGGUUUAUGUCGACGACAUGCUUGUGAAGAGCAUAGACAAGGGAAGCCAUCUAGAUGACCUACAGGAAACCUUUGAAACACUUCAGCGAUAUAAGAUGAAGUUGAACCCAAGUAAGUGUGCAUUCGGAGUAUCAUCGGGAAAGUUUCUGGGGUUCAUGGUUUCGCAAAGAGGAAUCGAGGCGAAUCCAGACAAGAUCCAAGCUAUAUUGGACAUGGAGCCACCGAAGAGUAUCAAGGAAGUCCAAUCCCUCACAGGACGAGUUGCUGCUUUGAACAGAUUUGUUUCGAAAGCCACAGACAAAUGUUUACCUUUCUUCAAAGUCCUCAGGAAGGCAUUUGAAUGGACGGACGAAUGUCAAAGGGCCUUCCAAGACCUGAAGGACUAUCUCACUACUGCCCCAUUAUUAAGUCCGUCUGUGCAAGGAGAAAAACUGUACCUAUACUUAGCGGUGUCCCCACACGCCGUAAGUUCAGCUUUAAUCAGAGAAGAAGAGAAAGUACAAAAACUUGUGUACUACACUAGCCGAGCACUCAGAGGAGCAGAGGGAAGGUAUCCGCUUAUAGAGAAAUUGGCUUUUGCACUGAUAACAGCUUCUAGGAAGUUAAGACAUUACUUCCAAGUUCAUGUUAUCAAUGUCAUGACGGACCAUCCGCUUAAGAAGGCAAUGAACAAGCUGGAAGCCGCAGGACGGCUGAUUCAAUGGGCGGUGGAACUUAGUGAAUUCGACAUUCGAUACCAACCGAGAAAUGCAAUAAAGGCUCAAGCCCUAGCAGAUUUGAUCGCAGAGUUCACUACGAGUCACGAGGAUCUUGGGGAAGGAGAGUACAAUAACAAAUGGGUCGUCCAUGUAGAUGGAUCGUCUACAUUGUAUGCUGGAGGAAUAGGAGUUGUUUUGCAGUCGCCAGAAGGAGUCAAAUUAAAGUACAAGGCCCGUUUGCAAUACCAGACUACUAACAAUGAAGUGGAGUAUGAAACCCUUUUAAAGGAGUUGGAGUUGGCCAAGUCUGUAGAAGCAGACUCAAUACUUGUCUUGGAAGACUCUCAAUUGGUCAUAGGCCAAGUAAAUGGGACAUGCAAAGCCAAGGAAGACAGAAUAAAGAAAUAUCUAAGGAAGGUAGUACGCCUUGUAAAGAAAUUCAAAAAAGCUGAUUUUGUUCAAAUCUCGAGGGAAGAGAAUAUGGAAGCAGAUAUUUUGGCGAAGGAAGCAUCUGGGAAUGAAGCGUUGGACGAGUUGGAUGAAGUACACUACAUGCCAAGUAUAGACCUUCCAGAAAUGCUGCAGAUAGAGGGUGACGGAAAUUGGAUGACCCCAAUACAACAUUCCCAGACAGCCAGCAGAAUAUCUCACGCCAAUGAUGGCCCCUUGGCCUUUCGCGCAAUGGGGACUGGACAUUUUGGGGCCUUUUCCAACUGGAACUCGGCAAAUGAAGUUUCUGGUAGUAGGAAUAGAUUACUUCACAAAAUGGGUGGAAGCCGAACCCUUAGCAAAAAUUACGCAGCAGAAUGUCAAGAACUUCGUCUGGAAGAACAUUGUAUGCAGAUUCGGGGUACCUAG